AUGGUGAUCAAGCCACAACAACCAGCUUACUCCACUUGCCUUCUUCUCCUCUCCAUCAUCAUUCUCUCCCACCAUAUUCACUCCAUUGAAGCAGCCAGGGGAUUCAAAAUUGACCAAAGUACCCUUGACGACAGCAGCACGGCCAGUACGAAAGGCUCGGCCACCGUUGAGGUGGAAGAUGCUGCCGUCACCGGUCCACCACCGCCGGUGGUGGCUACCGGCGAGCCACAGCAGCCUCCGUGGUCGGCAGCUGCCCCGGGCCGCGGCACCGACGAUUUCAGGCCCACCACGCCGGGGCACAGCCCCGGCGUUGGGCAUUCUACGCAUAACUAA